UUUUCCUGUUCGAUAAUCACCGGGUGGAGUGGCGUUCACCUGUAAUCGCUGCGACUGGCGAGGUUGGGAGUGUUGGGAUAGUUUGAGGUCGGGAAUCCUGCUGUCUGUCGGAUUAUGUCGAUCAGGCGUCCGCGCUAAGUUCGGUGUGGAUAUGGGCAACACUGGUGAGCCAGUGGUGUCCAGGUCUUUGAAGAGCAGGGUACUGGCCCAGGAUGGAAACAUAGCAGGCAAAACCUGCCGCAUGGAACAGUAGCGGGAUAGCGCUUGUGAAUAGACGGCACCCAGCAGCCCGGCCGAUAUAACACGACCUACUUCUUUUUUUCUUUUUUCUUCUUUCCUUUUUUCUUCUUUCCUUUUUUCUACUUUUUUUUCUUUCCUUUUCUUCAUAAUUUUUUCUUUCUUCGUUUCUUCACUUUGAAUUACUUGAGUGUUUCUUCGCGAAAGGAAAGGAAAGCAUGCUGUAUUAAAGUGUAAGAAAAAAUACAGAGCAGAAUGAGCUUGGCUGGCUCAUCUCUCCGGACACCACUCCUGAGAGUGGUGUCUGAGGUGGGAUCACUGCGGAGCAAGGUCACUAAAUACUUGCCCACCGUGUACCGACCGCCUCCUAUGCCCGUUACUGAGGUUGUGGUGGAUAUGGCCGAGACGAAAAAGCAGUUCUACAAAGAGAAGAAGACACAGAAGCAAGUGGUCAUUUCCCAGGUCGCGUUGGACAAAUACGUGGACAAGAACAUGAAACUGCUUCCGGAAACGGCGGCACCAUUUCUAAAGGAAAAGGCCAAGAAAGGCUACGCGGUCAAGGGCUGCCCGCUAUGCUUGCGUAAUCUACAAGACUUCCACUACGCUGAUAUUCUCCUUCUGCGGCAGUUCAUGUCGCCGUGGGGAGAUCCAGUGCCACGCAUGUAUACUGGUGUCUGUAUGCUGACUCAGCGUAAGCUUGUAAAGGCCAUUCGACAGGCACAGAAAGAAGGCCUGCUACCGAGGAAGGAGAAUGUUUUAAAAGAGGCCAAGAACAAGCGCAUUCAUGAUCAGCGCCAUCUGCGCGCACUGCUGCAGCUACAAGCGCUGCGCAACUGCGGCGGACUCAAGGAAGACAAGCUGGCGGAGCUCGGAAACGUAGAUCAGCAGAUUAUCAAAUGAGGCGACGACCAGCUUCACAGUUACUCUUGAGACCAAGAUCAUUUUGUACGGCUGUGCUAUGUGCAGAAGGCUUUAAGUCUUUUUACACCGGCAUGUUCUAGCAAGAGCCAAGCUAGCCAGACACCGAUUCAGUGCGGCCGGUUUGCACACUUUGCUUGUGCAUGACUCACAUUGCAGUGUGAUUUUUUCAUAUAUAUUCACAGGCGGACAAUGUGAACUUCUACACAACCGACCUUGUGAUGGACUGGACCGUAUAGAGUGCUGUAGCUGUUGUAGCACCAAGCGUACAAUAUACGGAAGCUCAUAUUACUCCUGGUACUAUACUACUUUUGUGUAGAGCUGGAUGCACCUGAUGCAUUGGUCCUUUGAAUGGGGGAGGUGAUCGAUAUCAUGAGAAUUUAUUGAGCCCAUGUGACAAGAUUCAAAGCACAUAGAACAUA